AUGAUGAUAUUUAUUUUUAUCAUCUUAAUUUCUUUAUCAAAUGCUUUUCAAAGAAUUCCUUUAAAUAAAGUUCCAACAAUAAGAUCUAUUCUUCAUUCAAAAGGUUCAUGGUAUCAAUAUGCAAAAUAUCGUGAUUUUAUUUUUCAAGAUAGACUUAAUUUUUUAGAAAAUGAAAGAAUUAAUAAAGGUGAAAAAUAUGGAGCUGUUCAUAGAUUAAUGGAUAGUGAAGAAAUUUUAAGAAAUUAUAUGGAUGCUCAAUAUUAUGGAGAAAUUUCAAUUGGAACACCAGGACAAAAUUUUAGUGUUAUUUUUGAUACUGGUAGUUCUAAUCUUUGGAUACCAUCAAAAAAAUGUCCUAUUUAUAAUAUUGCUUGUCUUCUUCAUAAUAAAUAUGAUAGUUCAUCGUCAUCAACAUAUGUUACUGAUGGUAGAACAAUGGCUAUUCAAUAUGGUACUGGUUCAAUGAAAGGAUUUCUUUCAAAAGAUAAAGUUUGUAUUGCUGAUCUUUGUGCUGAAGAUCAAACAUUUGCUGAAGCUACUAGUGAACCAGGUGUUACAUUUAUUGCUGCUAAAUUUGAUGGUAUUCUUGGAAUGGCAUAUCAAAAUAUUGCUGUAUUAGGAGUUAAGCCUGUAUUUAAUACAUUAAUUGAUCAACAUAAAGUUCCUCAACCAAUUUUUGCUUUUUGGUUAAAUCGUAUUGCAGAUGAUAGUGAUGGUGGUGAAAUUACACUUGGUGGUAUGGAUCCAAAACAUUAUAAAGGUGAUAUAACAUAUGUACCAGUUUCUCGUAAAGGAUAUUGGCAAUUUAAAAUGGAUGGAUUUGUAGGUGAUAAUGAAAAAAUUGCAUGCAAAAAUGGUUGUCAAGCUAUUGCUGAUACCGGAACAUCACUUAUUGCUGGUCCAAAAGCUCAAGUUGAAGCAAUUCAAAAAUUUAUUGGUGCAGAACCAUUAGCCCGAGGAGAAUAUAUGGUCCCAUGUGAUAAAGUAUCAUCAUUGCCAAUAGUUAAUAUUGUCAUUGGAGGACAAGCAUUUGCCUUAUCAGGAAAAGAUUAUAUCUUAAAUGUUACAGCAAUGGGUAAGUCAAUUUGUUUAUCUGGAUUUAUGGGAAUGGAUCUUCCUGAACGUGUGGGUGAGUUAUGGAUUUUAGGAGAUGUCUUUAUUGGACGUUACUACACAGUAUUCGAUUUUGGUAAAGAUCGUGUUGGUUUUGCUGUUGCAAGAAAUUCAUUAGGAGAAGAGACUUCUCCUGCUAUUAAAGAUUGUUCUGAUGAUAGUUGUGUAGUACCAGGAGGAUGGAAAUUACCAGACAAAAAAAAGAUUAAUUUUAAAUUCACAAAAUAA